AUGAGAGAGGCCCAGCGCCAGUUCUUCAAGCUGCCUCUGGAGAAGAAGAUGACCCUGCUGGCCACCAAGGACCCCAACAACCGCGGGUACAGCCCCGCCCAUGAGCAGGCGCUGGACCCCUCUGGCAAGCCGGAUACCAAGGAGGGCUAUUACAUCGGGCGCGAGGUGCCAGCUGGCAGCCUGCCGGGGUAA